UGGAUUUUGGGGUUCCCUUCAUCUUGCGUUCGGAUAUGUGAUCUGGCUUGUUACUCUUCCGUAAUUUCGAUUAUGGAUCUUGCGUUCGAUUUUGCGAUCUCGACAACUCGUGGACAUGUUUGGAACCGACAUUUUGGUUGAAUUGACACUUUGGCUUCAAACAUGUCUGAGGCUCUGAACACUGAAGUGUUGGAAUGGCCGAAGAAGGAUAAACGCCGGUUCCUCCAUGUCGUCUACCGAGUUGGUGAUCUUGACCGCACCAUCAAAUUUUACACUGAGUGCUUUGGGAUGAAGCUGUUGAGGAAAAGAGAUGUUCCUGAGGAGAAAUAUGCUAAUGCUUUUCUCGGGUUUGGUCCUGAAGAGUCUAACUUUGUUGUGGAGCUGACUUAUAAUUAUGGAGUUAGCUCAUAUGAUAUCGGAACUGGAUUUGGCCAUUUCGCCAUUGCAACUCAAGAUGUCUACAAAAUGGUUGAGGACAUCCGUGCAAAGGGUGGCAAUGUGACCCGGGAACCCGGUCCAGUCAAAGGUGGAAAUUCCGUCAUUGCUUUCGUGAAGGAUCCCGAUGGUUACGCUUUCGAGCUCAUCCAGAGGGGUCCCACUCCUGAACCACUCUGUCAAGUUAUGCUUCGUGUUGGUGAUCUGGACCGCUCCAUCAAAUUCUAUGAAAAGGCCCUCGGGAUGAGACUACUGAGGAAAAUUGAAAGACCCGAAUACAAGUACACCAUAGCUAUCAUGGGAUACGCUGAGGAAUACGAAUCAACAAUUCUGGAGCUGACUUAUAAUUAUGGUGUGACUGAGUACACAAAGGGCAAUGCUUACGCGCAGGUUGCUAUAAGCACUGAUGAUGUCUACAAAAGUGCUGAGGUUAUCAAACUGGUGAACCAAGAGCUGGGCGGAAAGAUCACCCGAGAACCCGGACCUCUUCCUGGACUCGGCACCAAGAUUACCUCUUUUCUUGACCCAGAUGGCUGGAAAACCGUUCUGGUCGACAACGAAGAUUUUCUCAAGGAACUCAAGUGAAGAGCGAUCUGUUCCGACAUCUACACUGUCCGGACAUGAAAAUCUUAUGAAUUUAUGAGGUAAAUGAAGUCAUGAAGUCAGUGUUGAUCUGAAUAAAUAAAUAAAGGGAGUUCUUAUCUGUAAGCUCCUUGUAUUGAGCUUAAAACUCUAUGCUGAAAUAUCUGGUGACCAGUUUGAUAUUAUGUUGAGUUGGUUUUCCUCCGGUUUAUGGUUC